AUGCAGCACAAGAUCUACUCGCCGCCUUUCGUGCUCAGUGCAGGAAGGUGUGAUGCCCAGCGCCCUGAGCUGCGCUUGCGACAGUUGCAGGCUGGCCCAGUGGCGCUGCCGCCAGCCACGGCUGAUCCCAUGGCGCCACAAAGCGCCCAGCUGUCGGCCACGCCGCCGCCAGCCACACCGGUGAAAGCCACGGAUCCGGAUGCGGUGCCCCAACCCGGAGCGAUGGGCAGCGAAGAAUGCAAGCGUCAGGAUUUGCGCUUCAACUUCGGGCAGGGUGCAGAAGCACGCUGCGAGGUUCUGAGCAUGGGUGUCCCACAGGCACUGCAGCAGGACAUGCCCAUGUACGACGAGCCGGACUCCGGUGAACCAGUCUUUGCAACUCCCUGGCAAGCGAUGGGGGGCAAUCAGCCAGCCAUGGAGGCGAAGGACUUCCUACCGGACGGCGCCUGCGAAAUGGGUAUGUGCGACACGAUGUUGCCUGGAUGCCGCGAGGCACAGUUCAAGAGUCUGUACUUCCCAAGACUUGUCUUCAACUUCAGCAGGCCUAUGUACUAUGAGAACAACACCAACAACAGCCAGACCACGCAGAUGAUCAAGGAAGCCAUGGCCUGGGCGUUCUCGGCGAUGCCCGAGGCUAUCCAGGUGGCCCUGCAGGAAUUGGAACAGCGGGAGAAGGAAUUGAAACAGCAGACUGCUGUGCCCAACUAUGGCUUUGGCAACUAUGGGCAGCCCAAUCAGCAGAAUCAGUAUGGCUUCAAUGCUGGCCAGCAAAACAACUGGUUCAACCAGCCGCAGGCAAGUGGAUCCACACAGCAGAUGCCUCAAGCUUUCGGUAAAUGGUGGAACACGCAGAGAAGGUUGACUGCCCAGCGGAUGGGUGUGGAUUCUGAGGGACAUUCUGUCGAGAUGCCAUCAAAAUUGAUGUCACAUCAGGCGGAAAUUCGCUUCCAGCAUGGUUUGCCUUACAGAAUUACGCACGACGUUGUGAGGAAGAUGAUCAAGCAAGGUAUGAUCCCCGUGGAUGACGGCAAGAGCAAGGACCUCGGCGAUCUGAACAUCAUAGGGUUCUACCUUGAUGAAGAUCUUGGAGACGACCAGAUCUCCUUCGACUCCUCUCCGCCUGCAGGAUGGGCCGUUGCAGCUCUGGCGGCGAGCGCCGCAGUGGCGGCUCUACUUAGUACUGCGGUCGCGGUGGUCGUGCUGCGCUCCCGAUGGCACACUGCCACUGGCUAUGAGGUGCCGCUGCAAGCAAAGGAACCAGAGCAGUGCGAAGUAGGCCGGCUUCAGUACAGUGCGACGGCCGAUGGUUCGAUAUGUUCAAUCUUCCAUCGAAAACGCAUUGCUUGCCUCAUCAUCCUUGAGGACUCUGGAGCUGACCACAUCGCAGAAGUUGGCGUCCUGUACUCAGUGGCGCUUGCUGUGGCGAAUGGUGCUGCGGCUGAAGGCGGAUGGCGAGAUAAGGAUCCGCCUCCGCAGUUCUCAGGAGAACCUGAGGAUUUCAAGGAGUUUCUCCGGGACUUAGAGAUCUGGAGACAUGAGACAGAGAUUCCAAGCAAGAAGCACGGGGCAAAGCUGAUCCGAAGUUUGCGAGGGCCAGCUAAAGCGGUGUGCAAUGAGAUAGAGAUAGAAGUCCUGCUGUCAGAGGCUGGAUAUGAAGCGGUGAUCAAAAAGCUGAAAGAGUUCUAUCAGCCGCACAUGGAGCAAGCCAUGCCUAGGGCGUUUGAACGAGCCAUCUACGGAGAGCCUAGAAAGGCUAAGGAGGGCUUUGGGGAAUUUGUGGUGAGGCAAGAAGGUCUUUUCAGAGCUCUUGCAGAAGAGGGCAUCAAGUUGGAAGACACUGUCAAGGGAUAUGUGUUAUUCCGUCAGUCCAAUCUUUCUGCUGCUCAGGAGGACCAGAUCACCACGUGGACCCAAGGCACGUAUGGCAGGGCUGAAGUCAUCCGUGCACUUCGAAAGCUAGAAAAAGUCACCAAAGAGAAGUCUGGUAAACACUACAUGACUGAUGAUGUAGAGUACCAGGCGACUGAAGAGCGCGAGGGCACAGAUGAAGAUAGUGAUGGAGAGUACGUGUACAUAGGCGAACAUGAUUUGUCUAGAGUGUAUGAUGAGAAAGAAAUUUCAGAGGCUUUAGCCACCUAUCAGCAAGUUCGUCGGGCCAUCAAAGAUCAGAAGAACAGUAGGGGCUAUUUUCAGCCAAAAGGCGCUGCGUCUGCCAAAGGCGGCGCAGCCGGCUCUGGAAAGGGUUUCAAAGGGUCAGGCAUCAAGACCGGUGCCAAAGGCACACGAGUUCAUGUUGACCUGCUGAAAUUGCGCACUCGUUGCGCCAGAUGCGGACAGGUAGGGCACUGGGCGCGUGAGUGCGCCAAUGAACCUGACGCUCGUGCCAAGGCAAAAGCUGAGUCAUCUAGCUCCAAGACUGGAUUCUUUGAGGUGGGGGAAGUGAGCCCAUCCAGUUCUCAACAUCAAUGUUUUCACGUCACCUUGGGGCAGUUCCUGUCAAAGAAUGAGCAGUUGAUUGACAAUGACAAGGAGAUCUUCACUGGAUUGGCCACUGACCCAACUCUUGGAAUCGUAGACACUGCGGCGCAGGGUGGGUUGAUCGGCAAAGCUGCGUUGGAUAGGUUGCAGAGUCAGUUGAAGCAACAUGGUUUGAGAAUCAAGUGGUCAGACAAGGUAGCGCAGGCAAAAGGAAUAGGAGGUGAAGCUCAAGUUGUUGGAGUUGCAGAGAUUCCAGUUGGAGUAGGAGGCAUCAACGGACUCGUAGAAGUGACAGUGGUUCAGGAGGAUGUCCCUUUUCUGCUUUCAAUCAAGUUUUUGAAGGAAGUGCAAGCGGUGGUAGAUCUUUUUCAGAAUCAGCUUGAGAUGCGUCGCUUCAACAACAAGACUCCUCUUAUUCAUCUUCCUUCAGGGCACGUUGCGGUUGAUGUUAUGCAAUUUUCUGCAGGUGGUUGGAUUGUUCCCACAGAUGCUCCCAUGUCGUCUCAGAAGAACUCAGACUUUCGCUUCAUGACUGCAGCCUCCUUUAGCAACUCAGCCUUCAUGUUGAUCGAUGCUGGCCACGAUAUGGGCCGGCGUGCACAGGGCGGAGGAAGUCGAGACUCCGCUCGAGCAGUCAGCAACUGGAGGAAGGUCAUGGAUCGAGUGGCAGAUCUUAUGGAGGUGGCAAGAGCUCAAGCCAGGGUUUCCAGUUGGCAGUCAAGUGGAUCCGCCUAUGGGUCGCUGUCGCCACCCUCUCACACCAUGUCAGCCCGGUACUUGGCACAUAUGUGGCCAACUCAAGCCAGCCAAGCCCCAUCACCAAUGAAGAAUGUGGAGCAGCAAGUCAAGAGCGAAGCCUAUGGGGAGCUCAUCAAGCUGGGAGUCUUUCUGGGCAUCAGGAAGUGCAAGAACCCGGCCGAAGUGAGCCCAGAGGAUUGUGGGCACCCAGUGAACGAGCUGUGUGGAGCUGGCAAUCAAAGCAUGAGGGAGGUGUGGUGCAAGAGAUGCUAUGCAAGGUGGAUGGUGGAUCCGACGGCAAUGGACAAGAUCUCCAAAAAGGAGCCGCUGAUUGUGAACGGCAAGCAUUUCCAGUUCCAAGCCAAGGUGACCCUCAAAGAGGCCUCGACUCCCAAGAUGAAGAGCCCCCCCAUGCCUCGAGAGGUCAGAAUGCCCUUGGGACCGCGAAGCUCCGAGGAGUCAGUGAGUGCCAUCACGAUCACUUCAUCGAUGAUGGGAAGCCCUCGGAAGGAAGUGAUGUGCAAAUGCGGCCUCAAAGCAACACAACUACAGGUCCGGAAGGAGGGCCCAACCCAAGGACGUCUCUUCUGGAAGUGCACGAAGAGAGUGUGCGACUUCUUCCUAUGGGACCCACAGGAACAGGAAUGGCUGCAGCAGCAGGCACUACAGGAGAAGGAGGAUGCAAUUGCAAAGACAAUGGAAGCCCAGGAGAUGGCGGAGAGGCAGCAACUAGUCCAAGAAGCCAUGGACUUUGCCGAGACUCGGCAUCAUGCUGUAUUGGCGGAGGAGCGACAGCAGUUUGCUCAGCAGUUGGAGUGCAUGAAGAAUCAACUCUGCUGGAUGAGCGCAGUGGCAGGAGAGGAUCGCAUCGGGCAAGUCUUCCAGAGCCCAGAGAUGCAGGAGGAAGCAAUGAGGCAGGAAGGAGCAAAGAAUGAAGGUCUGGUGAGUGGCACAAAGAUGGAAACAUGGCUUCAGGAGAACGCCCCUCGAGCCUGCAUUUUGCAGACAAGCAACGAGUGGGAUUUGUGGGCAAGCAAGCAAUUUGAGGAUUAUGAGAAGCCAGAAUCUCACCAACAAGCCACUCUGAAGGUAUGGUAUGAACAGCCCCAGGGUGGCUGGCAGUUUCACCAUGGCAUUUUGCCCAGUUUUGGGUCCAUUCCAUCCCGCAAGGCCAUUGGCAUCUUUGGAGGUCAACUGGAUUGGAUGGAUGGGCUGUACGGACUCGGCGAGGAGCGAGCCUUGUCCCGAGGAUGCAGGAAGGGUCUGAACAGAAGCAUGGCGACGUUGAAGGUCGCGGAGGUGUACUCACCUCCAAGGGUGUCUCAAGCAGCUGAGGAGUUAGGACAUCAGCCCAGUGGAGCCUUUGAUCUAAACACUGGAUAUGACUUGAGCACUAAGAAAGAUCGAUUGAGAUGCUGGAAGCAACUACGAGAUGAAGAUCCUGACCUGGUGGUUGUAUGUCCACCGUGUGGUCCUUUUUCCAUUCUCCAAGGUCUCAAUCAAAGUCCAGAAGGUCAACGGGUGCUGCAGUUGAAGUUGGCAGAAGGAAGGGAGCACCUCAAGUUUGCGAUGCAGGUGUUUGAGUGGCAAGUCCGCCGCAAGAAGCUAGCACUCUUCGAGCACCCAUCCACAUCGAAGGCAUGGAAAGAAGAAGAAGUAGAAAGAGCUUUAAGUCUGCCUGGUGUGGUGAGGAUUCGGGCAGAUUUGUGUCAGUUUGGCAUGGCAGUGAAGGGCAAGCCGAACAAGAAGCCAACUGACUUCAUGCUCAACGGCAAGGAGAUGGCACGGCGGCUAGAGAGGCGCUGUAAGGGAGAACACGAGCAUCAGCAACUGAUGGGAGGAUUAGCCAAGCUGGCUGAGAAGUACCCACUGAAGCUUUGCCAAGCCAUGAUCAAAGGUGCUGAAGAAGAUCUGGCUGAAGCACUGUGGACAUUUGCCACUCAGACCGAGGAAGAAGAUGAGAGCGCCGACUUGAUGGACGCUUUAGAUGAAGAAGUCGAGAAGAGUGGAAGGCAAGACCCCAGCAGCAUCCAAAUUAGCAAAGCAGCCCUGCGGCCCGAUCAACAUGAUGAGGCAUUAAGAAUGGCCCGAGCAAAGAAUGUGGUGUGGCGCUAUGUGAAAGAAGGGUUUCAGUGCCCAGUGUGCGCCAAGACCCCUAAGCCAAGAAGUGCUCGCCCUGCACAACUGCCAAAGAACUUUGAGCCAUGUAAGACGGUAGGCCUUGACGUGGUCUACUUUCCGGCUUUAGAUGUACGAAGCCAACGUCCAGUCCUCAACAUGGUCGACUGGGGCACUGGCUACCAGAUGCUAGAACCUCUGUACGCCAUGACAGCACAACACAUCUGGGAGAAGUUCUAUGGCACGUGGGUGCGCACUUUUGGCAUCCCUCAAGUGGUGAUAGUAGAUCAGGGCCGAGAAUUCGGCAAGGAGUUUGCAAGCCUUGUGUCGGAUUCAGGAUCACUAUUAAGAGUGAUCGGUGCUAGAGCGCCAUGGCAGCAAGGGAAGACGGAGAGACAUGGCGGUCUCGCCAAAGAAAUCUUUGACAAGGUCAAGGAAGAUGUGGUGCCAGCCUCCGACCUUGAGUGGCGCCAAUGCAUACAUGCAGUCGAAGCAGCCAAGAACAGGCUCUUCAACAGGAGUGGGUUCAGUCCAGCACAACGCCAGUUUGGCUACAACAUGCGACUCCCUGCAAGUCUUGGAUCGGACGAUGAGUUUGAUCCUGCAAUUGUCCUCAACUCAGCCGGCAUGGAAAUGCAGCGAUUGCUGGAAAUCAAGCACAAGGCCAUGGAGGCAUUCAUCAAGCAAACAACCUCACGAGCAGUUGCCAAGGCACAACUGGCCAAGCACCGAGUUCCACAAGAAUUUGCUGCAGGCGAUGUGGUGUACGUAUAUCGUGUCCCACUUCAGCGAAAGAGAGCCAAGAGCGAUGUCAACUUUGAGGACAGAGAGGGACGAAAAGCCACCUGGGUGGGUCCCGGAGUUGUAGUGAUGCUGGAAGGUGCCAAUGCCUGGUUGUCAAUUCGAGGCGAGCUCUGGAAAUGUGCCAGGGAGCAGUUGCGUAAGGCAACUCCGGAGGAAGAAGAGGCCAAGUGGAUGCUCGAUGAGGAGUUCGAAGACCUGAAGAUCGAACUCUCUCGGAAGGCCAGCAAACGAGGGUUCAGAGACAUCACGGAGUGGGAGAGACCACCUCCGAUGAUGGAGCAUGAAGAAAGUGAGGAGCCCCCCCGGCAAAGACCCCGAAUUGAGGAGCCCCAACCCCCAGAAGCCAUCGAGAGCGAUGGCUACACACCAACGUCUGCAGCAGCAGACCACAGGAGGAAUGAACAGCUGGAUGGCACUCCACUGGCACGGCAGCCAGAUCGUCUAUAUGCCCCCAACCGUGAACUCAUGAAUCGAGUUCGACAAGGGAGAUGGAACCCCUACCAAGGAGGAGCGGCUCCAAAUAGGGAGGAGACCGAGGAGCAAGCCUCGGAUGAUGAAGAAAAAGGGGACAACGAUCUAUGGCUGUAUGAUGAAAAGAGAGGCACAAUAGUGAGGAUGCACAACAUUGAGCGUGCUGUGAAGUUCACUCCCAGUGCGGCAAGAGGAUGCCCUAUCCCAGUCAGAUUUCUGGGAUCAACACGCAGAACAAUUAAGCAGCAUGCAGACGGCAGAAUCACAGAAGCAAAGGAAAACUGGAGAAGUGCCAUGGGCAAGAAAGCAAGUGAAGAAGGACCCUCCACCUGGUGGGUGGGUUACACAGAGUUCAAGUUGAGAAAAGUUCCCACUGAAGUAAGUCUCAUGGUGAAGAGAGGAUCCGAUGAAGUGCUGGAGAAAGACAUUCCAGCAGAGGAGUGGGAGGCCUGGCGAGUCUCCGAUGCAGCUGAGUGGAGCAAAGUAGAGGCCACAGGGGCCGUGAAGGUGUUGACUCCCGCAGAAUCAAAAGAUGUGGAGGAGCAGCUGAGAGAUGCCGGUCUGACAGACCGAAUUCUUCCUUCAAGAGUGGUAAGAAGGUGGAAGCCGUCAGAGCAGCCAGGCAUUCCACCGACUCGCAAGUCACGGUGGUGUGUCAGGGGUGACAAGGAUCCUGAUCUGUUGGAGCUCUCCAGACAUGCUCCAACAGUUACCACCUCCACACUCUCAGUGGUCCUUCAGAUCGGCGCAAGCAAAAGAUGGAAGAGCGCUGUGGGAGAUCUACGCAACGCUUUCAUGCAGUCAGACGCCUUGAGGAGGGCAGCUGGACGGCUGUUCUGCCGGCAGCCUACUGGAGGUCUUCCAACCCUCCAACCAGAUCAGCUUAUAGAGAUCCUAGCUAGUGCUUACGGAUUGGGAGAUGCCCCAGCCCAUUGGCGGAGAAGUCUCAAGAAAGUUCUUUUUGAGCUGGGAUUCCAACAGUCAAGCAUGGAUCCAUGCGUGUACAAGUGGUUUCUAGGAGGAGAGCUGGCUGGUUUGUUGGUAGUCGAGGUGGAUGAUUUAUUUGCAGUAGGAAACACUGAGUUCUUCAAGGGUCUAGAAGAGUUGCGCAAGCGUUUUCAGUUUGGGAAGUUUGCUUUUCUUCAAGAGCAGAUUGAAGGAUCAUCCUUCAAUGGAAGAAGAAUUCGACAGAAAUCAGAUUUUGGUUUUCAGAUUGACAUGGAGAAGUUUGUGACCGAAAGGUUGGAGACAGUAAAGCUGGAGAGAGGGAGGCUGUCAAACCCAGAGGUUGAAGCGACUGAGGAAGAAAAGAAUCUAGUCAGGGCGGCAGUGGGUAGCUUGACAUGGGCUGCCAAAGAGGGACGUCCUGACGCGGCAGCCACCGCCAGUCUCACAGCGUCCAAUUUGAAUCAACUGAGGAUCAAAGACAUCAUCGAGCUCAACAAAGGCAUUCAGGCAGUGAAGGAAAGACCAGGGUUGACUUUACAAAUCCAAGGGAUCCCAUUUGAGAAGCUUUGUUGGGGAGUUGUGACUGAUGCGAGCUAUGCUAACGCUCCAAAGGGCAAGUCACAAGGUGCCUUCGCAGUCAUUGCAUAUGAAGAAUCCAUGACUAGCACUGGAGAAGGAAAGUGUCACAUUUUGCACUGGAGGAGUGGAAAGAUCCACAGGGUGGUGAAUUCCACUCUCGCUGCUGAGACUCAGUCACUAUCUAGAGGAUUAGCUGAACUGACUUGGACAGUGACGGUGUUUAACGAAUUUGUGACCUAUAACUUCAACAUGAAAGAGUGGGAGAAGGCACUGAACGAACGACGUCUGAGCGCGCUAGUGAGCGAGGAUAGCCAAGAGGAGCUAAAGCGUAGUGUUUGCAUAGUAGAUGCCAAGUCGUUGUAUGAUCAUCUUUCAAAAGAAACAGUAGGCACGACCUCCGACAAAAGAACUGCAUUGGAAAUGCAGGUGAUUCGGCAGGUACUCAGUGAAACUCACGCCAACAUCAAGUGGGUUCCACACCCUAGAAUGAUCGUAGAUGGCUUGACCAAACGUGGUGGAAAUCUGAAUCCGUUAUAUGAUCUUAUUGACACUGGAAGAUAUCGGCUGUUUGAAGGCAAGAAGAAAGUUUUGGGAGCUGUGAGUUGUCAGCAUCUUGCCUUCAACCAUGUGCUCUAA